CGGUUAAAAUAUUUAUAUACUUAUCUAUGGUUAAAAUUGUCGUACGUGGAUUAAUUUAAAUUAUAAUUUUGUAUAGGUAUUAGUCCUAACGACAAUACAAAUAUGUAAUAAAUACCUAUUGUAUAUUACUAGUUACGACCUAAAUCUAAGAAAGGAUUAACAAUAAGUUACAGUUUUUAAAGUACUUCUGCUGGUGAAAUAUCCGUAUUAUAAUAAUAAUAUAUAUUUUAUUAUAGUAGUUUGCUGAAUCGCAGCCGAGUUGCGUUAUUGCCAAAAUCAUGACCAAAAUCAAGCAAAGGAAAACAAUGUUUUUAGAAAAUAAUGAAAAUAAAUCUAGUUUAAUAGAAAAAAAAAGUGAUUCUCAGUCGUUUAAAGUGAAACCAAAUGCUAUUAGUGAUAGUUUUAACAUAGCAAUAUUAUUAUUUCUCUAUACACUACAAGGUGUUCCACUUGGACUUUCAGCAGCUAUACCGAUAAUAAUGCAGAAAAAACAUAUCACAUACAAAGAACAAGCUCAAUUUAGUUUUGCUACCUGGCCGUUUAGUUUAAAACUUCUAUGGGCACCCAUAGUUGAUUCUAUUUUCUAUGCAAAGUUCGGCAGAAGAAAAACUUGGUUAGUACCUGUGCAGUAUUUAAUCGGACUUUUCUUGUUGUUUUUGGGAAUGAACAUCAAUGAAUGGCUAGUGUUUACUGAAAACCCAAAUACCAUAUUCUUAACAAUAAUGUUUUUUUGUUUGAAUUUCCUUGCCGCUACACAAGAUAUUGCUGUCGACGGUUGGGCGUUGACAAUGUUGAGAAAAGAAAAUGUGGGAUAUGCGUCAACUUGUAAUAGUGUGGGUCAAACGUUAGGUGUGUUUCUUGGCUAUGUUGUAUUUAUAACAUUUGAGUCUGCUUCAUUUUGUAACAAAUGGUUCAGGACUACUGAAACCCCUGAUGGAAUACUUACAUUACAAAGUUUCUUAUAUUUUUGGGGUGUAAUAUUUAUGAUUGCAACAACAUUAGUUGCUGUUUUUAAACACGAAAAAGAUCAUUCACUAGAGCACGAUCGUUUGAAUAUAGUUCAAACAUAUAAGCUUCUCGGUAAUAUUAUGAAAUUGCCAAGUGUUAAGACUUUAUCACUUAUAUUAUUAACUGCAAAAAUAGGGUUUAGUGCUGUCGAUGCAGUGUCCAGUUUGAAAAUCAUAGACAAAGGCGUUCCCAAAGACGAUAUUGCUAUGAUUGGAAUAUUAUUAAUACCUCUGCAAAUAGUUCUCCCAAUACUGAUUUCCAAGUAUACUACUGGAUCUAAACCAAUGAACGUGUAUUUAAAAUCAAUACCAUACAGAUUAAUGAUUGGUAUACUUAUUGCGCUCUUAGUUUAUUUUACGCCAUCAUUUAUAAAUCAAGAUGGACACAUUUCUAUGUUAUAUUAUAUUUUAGUAAUGUCGACAUUUUUUUUGCAUCAGCUGACUUUGUACUCAAUGUUUGUGGCAGUGAUGGCCUUUUUCGCUCGUAUCAGUGAUCCUAAAAUUGGCGGUACUAAUAUGACUUUGUUGAACACGUUAACCAAUUUGGGAACAGCUUGGGUCAAUACUGCUGCUUUAUGGAUGACAGAAUACUUGACGUACAAACAAUGUUCUAGUGACGAAUUAAAUUUGUGUACUUCUAACGCUGAAACUGAAGCGUGUGAAUCAAGUCAUGGCAAGUGUGAUAUAACGAUUGAUGGAUUUUAUGUAGAAACUGUAGUUUGUACAAUAUUUGGAGUACUGUGGUAUCGCUAUUUUUCAAAAAUUAUUAAUCAGUUACAAACUAAAGAUUUAAAGCAUUGGCAUGUCAAUGCUAAAAAGUAUUCUCUUUUGUAAAUAUAGAUUUAUUGUUGAGUAUCAAAUGUUUUUAUGUAUUGUUGAAUAUG